AUGGAGCUCAACAGCGUAGAACGCAUAGUUAAUGGAAGUGAGGAACCAAGCCAUCUAGAUUUGGCACUUCUACAUAGCAUCACGGAAAAUUUCUCUGAGAAGAAGAAAAUUGGUAGCGGUGGAUGUGGAAUUGUUUACAAGGGCAUCCUUCGAAAUGGGGUCGUUGCUGUGAAGAAACUCAAGGAUGAUAAUUGGAAAAUUAAUGACGGGAUGUUUCAUCGGGAGGACAUCCUUGGGAUUGAGCCGCUGGAAAUACACAUUCCCUUUGAAGAAUUCAAGAUAUCACACUCAAUAGAGCUGACCAACGAUACUGAUGAUCACAUUGCCUUUGUCACAAAGUCAAAGCUAGAGCGCUUCUACACAGAGCCAGAUAGAGGCAUCGUCCCACCACGAUCUAAGUGCAGUGUCACCCUAGCAAUGCAAGCACAGGUUAGUGCACAACCAAAUGAGCACUACACUGAGGUGAUCACUGUGCUGAGCACUAGAGUUGAUGAUGGAGCUCUCGCUACUAUGGAUAUAGUAACAGCUGGAGACAUCUUCAUUGACAGCGAGGAGGGUAAAGUGGUUGAUGAGGUGAACGUGAUGGUUGUUUUUGGCACGCUAGAACUGCCAGGAGAAGAAUAA